UUUUUUUCCUUUCUCUUUAUCCAUUCAAUUGAUCCAUCCAUCCAUCCAUCCAUCGGUUUAUCAUGCCUCCUUCUAAAAAAUCUAGUUCUUCCAAGCGUGUUGCCCCUGCUCCUUAUCCUAUCAAGAAGACCCAACAAAAGGCCGGUGUGACCAAUCCUCUUUUCGAAAAGUCUCCCAAGAACUUUGGUAUUGGUCAAGAUAUUCAACCCAAGCGUGAUUUGUCUCGUUUCGUCAAGUGGCCCAAGUACAUUCGUCUUCAACGUCAAAAGAAGAUCAUUUACCAACGUCUUAAGGUGCCUCCUGCCAUCAAUCAAUUCACUCAUGUUUUGGACAAGAACACUGCUACUCAAUUGUUCAAAUUGGCCAACAAGUACCGUCCCGAAACCAAGGCUGAAAAGCGUGAUCGUCUCCGUGCUGCUGCUGCUGCUAAGGCUGAAAAGAAGGAAUUGCCCAAGACCGAAAAGCCUACUGUGAUCAAGUAUGGUAUCAAUCAUAUCACUGCUUUGAUUGAAAAUAAGAAGGCUCAAUUGGUUGUGAUUGCUGAUGAUGUUGAUCCUAUUGAAUUGGUUAUCUGGUUGCCUGCUCUUUGCCGUAAGAUGGGUAUUCCUUACUGUGUUGUCAAGGGUAAAUCCAGACUUGGUGCUGUUAUCCACAAGAAGAAUGCUACUGCUUUGGCCUUUACUGACGUUAAGGAUGCUGAUAAAUCUGAAUUGGCUAACUUGGUGUCUGCUGUCAAAUCUACUUAUACUGAAAAAUGGGAAGAACAUCGUCGUCAAUGGGGUGGUGGUAUCAAUGGUCCCAAGUCCAAUGCUCGUUUGGCUAAGCGUGCUGCUGUUGCUGCUCGUGAAGUCGCUGCUCGUCAAUAGUUUAGUUGUAGCUUAGUGAUCAAUUCCUUUUCUUUUCUUUUGGUUAUAAUAAAUAAAUAAAAUCAUCUUAUGUAUAUAGUCCUUUCA